UAAAAGAGAAGAGGUGUGCAUUGAGGCUUGGUUUAGAGAUCAAAAAGGCAGAGAGAAUAAUGUGUGAUGAAGAAGAGAGAGAAUUGGGAAGACGGGAAGCGGCUGGGUGUUGUCCCAAGUGCGGGGGCAAAGUGGAAGCGGUGGAUGUAGAAAGGCGGUGGAGAUGCUGCUGUUUCUUGCCCAUUUGCUUCACCAUUAAGAGAAGAUAUCGCUGCACCUUAUGUUCUACACGUUUGGUCUUAUAUUACUAGCUCAUUUGCAUCUUUACUUUGCUUUCUUUACUGUUGCCUUCGUCACAGAUCUGAGAUUCCAUUUUCUUCUCUGCUUGCAUUUCCCCACUCACUUCUCUUCCUAUUUUAACUUGU